AUGCCUACUGGAUUUUCGGUUCGCAUUGCAAAACAUUUGGAAGAGCACAGAUUCCAAAGUGAUCUUUGGGUUUUAUAUUCACCACAAGGAGAUACAACUGCAACGUGGUUAGAAAUGGCAAUUGAGUCUGGGUCUAUUUCUGAACUUGACAAUAGACAAAAACGGAAAAAUUCAUAA